CUCUCCGGGGCCCCUCUGGUGUCUGCAGCAUCCACGCCUCACUGACGAGCUCACUGCACGUUUUACUCCCACUUUGCCGUUCGGCCCAGAUUUGACACAUUGCGACUGUUAAAACACGGCCUGCUUGUUAUUUUGCGUGCGUUUCUUUCGAGGUGUGCGUGCGCGCGUGCGUGCGCGUGCAAAUCUGAAGCCUUUAAAGUCACGUGGUUUCUCGCUGCCGCGUCUGUCAGAGUCCCGGUGACGAUGCGUCGCCCGCAACGAACACGGUGAGGAAGCGACUCGUGUCGAAUAACGUGGCAUUUCACCUCUGAACUUCACAAUGUGUUCAAUCCCCGGGCUUCCAAAACUCGGAUCAGAAGUUCCUGUUGUCAUCACAAGGGUAAACCCAAACCCCAGUUAUGGUCUUGUAGAAUUAUGGGUUCACAUUGAUGAUGGAAGAAAGCAUGUUUAUGAGCAGAUGAAAGAGGAAAUUCAGAUUCCCAAAAGAAGGUUUUAUGGAUCAGAAGGAAAACCAGGGGAUCUCUGUCUGGUUUGUAUAAGCUCCACCUGGCACAGAGCUCGCAUUGUGUCGUCUCAAGGUGAAACGUGCAAUGUUUUUCUAAUUGACCAGGCACAGCCGCACAUCGCCACAAGUGAAGCUUUAGCAUGGGGCCACAGCGACUGUUUUCUCCUGCCUCCUGAAACGGAAUCAUGCCUACUUGCAAAUGUCGUCUCCCUUGAGAAUAAAUGGCCUGAAAUUGCCACAACGUUUUUGGUGUCUCUGCCCGGAAAGAAAUUUAAUGGAGUGAUUCAGCACGUGCUGAUGCCAGACAGGACCAUCCUCCUCGACAUACCCGCCGUUUCAAAGCAUGUCUGUGAGAUUGGAGUUACGAAGAAGAUGCCAAUGGAUGAGUUUAAAAGCCUUGUCCAGAAAUGUCUCGAGGCUGAGCGUCCAACGCAAAAACGGAAGGUUAAUAAUAACCAACUGGAGAAGCAUGGCGAAUACUUUUACCCAGAACUCUUAACUGAUGCUUUUGAAAUAGUUAACGUAACACAGGUAACUAGUCCAUGUAAAAUGUUUUGCAAACUCCACAUUUUUUCCAAGGCAGUGAAGAUUUUGUCAGAACAAAUCCAGCAGCACUAUGAAGAGAGCUCGGAACUUGGAGAGAUGGAACCGUUGACUUGCGGGGAUCCGUGUGCUGCUCGAGGGGUGGAUGGCAGAUGGCGUCGCUCGUUGCUAAAGGAAACGCUAAAUAGCGAUGGUGCUGUAGAAGUCUUGUACGUAGAUGAAGGAAAACUUGAAGUGCUUCCAAUUGGAGAUAUGAGACCUCUCAAUGGAAAAUUCCUGAGAAUGCCCGUUGUCACAUAUCCCUGUUCUCUCGAAGGCGUAAAAGAUAACGGCAAAGGUUGGACCACAGAUCAGAUUGAUUAUUUGAACUCACUGCUCCUGAACAAGAACUUUGUGGCGAAAUUCAACCACCACAAUAUACGUCAAAAUGUCUAUAACGUCAUUCUCUAUGGAGAUAAUGACACGUGCAUGAACAACUGUUUUAAGGACCUUUUUUCUUCCUCCAAGACGGAGCAAGACACAAAUUUCCAAAACGGACUUCUUAAUUUACCCGGAAAACAAGGUUCCAUAGAUUUACCGAACAAAGUCCCUGAAAAUGUUGAUGGAGAAGAAACCUUGCCAUGCACAAAAAAGCAAGCAGUUAAUGGUAUGACCGAUGAUUUACCAACCUCUCGAGCUGACGAGCUUCAUGUCAAAGAGAGUUCAGAGCAGCGAGGCCCUGUGGUACAAAUUAAUGGGCAUCUUUCAAAAAGUUUCCCCUCUGAGGUGCAAAAUCCUCGUGAUGACGAUAUGUUGACUGUAGGAAGUAGUGUCAACGUAAACGUAUCUUUUGUUCAAAGUCCACAUGCAUUUUGGUGUCAACCAAAGAAAAACGGUGAGCAUCUUAGGCAGCUGAUGCAGGAUCUGCAAAACCAUUAUGAAUCCAUCCCCCCUCCGCCACUAGUUGAGUCCAUCUGUGUUGCCCGUAAUCCAGACGAUGACAUGUGGUAUAGAGCAAGGAUCCAUGCAAGUCAUCACUCCCCUGUGGUAGAUGUGAGAUUUAUAGACUAUGGUCAAACUGAAACGAUUCCUCUGCGAGACCUUUUCCCCAUUGAUCCAGCUUUCUUACAGCUGGAUCCGCAGGCUUUCCAGUGUAGCUUGUUCAAUGGCGAGAAUUCCACUGAUCCCAAUUCCAUCUCUCCCACCAAGGAAUGUGUGUCAGUUCACGAGCAGGAUGUUCCACUUGCAUCGUUUAAAGUCCCUCCAGAAGUGCCAGAGGAAGUCAACAAGUGGUUUGCAGAUAGUGCUAUUGGCCAAGAAUUCAGCAUUUCAGUGUUGGCAAAAGGGAGAAAAGGGAAGUUUGUUGUUGAACUGUUUGCUGGAGCUCUGAAUUUAAAUGUGAAAGUCAAAGAGAUGAUAUCAAAGAUGACACAACAAGAGACUUUUAGUCUUCUUCAGCAGACUGACAAGCAGCUUUCAAACGGCACAGAACGUGACAGUGUGCCAAAUGAGGACUGUUUAAUGCAAGAGUUCACAAAUAUGUCCUUAUUAACAAUUAAAGAUAACAUGAAUGAAGUGCAAAAUGACAAUGGAUCAUACGUGAGAGAUGAGCUCAGUGAACAAGUCAUGACCAAUGCCUCCGUGCAGGAGUGUGAACAUGAUGACACUUUGGAAGAAGGAAGAAAACCAACUUUGUAUCUUAUGGACAAAGAAAUGGAAACCGGCAACGGUGACUCAGAAGUAACACAACUUUCCUGUCCUGAGGGAAAUGAGAACAUCUGCAUGUACAAGUGGCGAAAAACUCCCCAAAACCAUAACGAGGAAGUAUACGCAUCCUGCAUUGUUGGACCACAAUACUUUUGGUGCCAGUACGCCAACACAGAAGACCUGAACGAAGUGUCGAGGCUUGCUCAGGAAGCAGGACAGAUUCAACCGGACGUGAUGUUCCCUGAGACUCUUGGUCCCGGCAGUCCAUGCCUUGCUCAGUUCUCCAGUGACCAACAGUGGUAUCGAGCUCAAGUAAUUCGCACUAUUGGUCAGGCAUUCACAGUCUUGUUUAUUGACUAUGGUAAUGAGUCUGAUGUCAACCUAAACAAUGUGAGACCUCUGCCACAUACUCUGAUGGAUAAGGCUCCUCUGGCCUUUUUGUGCUCUCUUAAAGGAUUUGAUGAGUCCAAGGGGUCCUGGAAUGACGACGUUUACGAUGACUUCUACAAUCUUCUGGUUGAUAAACAACUCAACCUGACCGUGUUCAACAUGAAAGAACAUCCAGAGGCAGCAGUGCCACAGUAUGAAGUGGAAAUUGAAUGUGAGAGAGCGAUUGUUAAUGCAGCAAUGAAGAAAUACUGGAGACCGGUUGCCAAAGGGCGUCUUUCGAUGGAACACUCUCAAGGGAAAACCUUUGUCCAAGAUACUCAAACAGAGUCCAACAUGAUGCAUCCUAAUGUUUGCAAAGAAACCGUGAAUACAUAUAGGUUCAAGAAGCCAAACUUCUCCAAAAACAAAAAAGUGGAGGUAUAUGCUUCUUGUAUUGUGCAACCCCAUUACUUUUGGUGUCAGUACACCAACGCAGAGGAACUCAACGAAGUGUCGAGGCUUGCUCAGGAAGCAGGAUGGACUCAAUGGGACGUGAUGUUCCCUGAGACUCUCGGUCCCGGCAGUCCAUGCCUUGCUCAGUUCUCCAGUGACAAACAGUGGUAUCGAGCUCAAGUAAUUCGCACUAUUGGUCAGGCAUUCACAGUCUUGUUUAUUGACUAUGGUAAUGAGUCUGAUGUUGACUCCAAGAACGUGAGAGCACUGCCACAUACUCUGAUGGAAAAAGCUCCUCUGGCCUUUUUGUGCUCUCUUAAAGGAUUUGAUGAGUCCAAGGGCUCCUGGAAUGACGACGUUUACGAUGACUUCUACAAUCUCCUGGUUGAUAAACAACUCAACCUGACCGUGUUCAACAUGAAAGAACAUCCAGAGCCUGAUGUUCCCCAGUAUGAAGUGGAGCUUGUGUGCGAGGGAUCUGUUGUAAAUAAACUAAUGGUGAAACACUGGAAACGAUUGGACACGGACCAAACCUUGGCAGAGUGAAUGUGAUCAGCUGUGGACCAAGAUGACAGCCCAUUGGGAAACCCGAUUACAACAGAACAACCUUGACUUUUGUGAACUGGAAGUUCUUAUUUGUCUUUUUAGAGAAUGUAUAUGGUUGAUUUGUGUCAAUAAAGAGUUUGGGAAUAUA